AUGGAAAAUAUGAACAUAUUUUCUAGAGAAGAAAAAUAUUUGAAAUUGAUAGAAUCAAGAAUCGGUGGAUCAUUAUUAAGUUCAUGUUCAAUGAUGCUUAAAGAUAUAGACAGUUCAAAAAAUAUAAAUCAAUAUUUUUAUGAUCCACCCUCGCCACUUGACGCGUUUAAUAUUUGUAGAUAUAACCUAUUGUUUACGGUUAAAGGAAUUAUUAUAUGUGACUAUUAUUGGCCAAAAUUAGAAGACGAUUUUAUUGUGAAACUACCUGAUGUGUUUUUAGCUCAUUUAAAUGUCUAUAAAAAAUGUUAUGAAGCAUAUAAGGUAAACCGAACUUUAAUUUGGAACCCUAAUGUUGGAAAAGUUAAGAUGGACAUAAUUAUUAACAAAAAAUGUUUAAGUAUUACUGUUUCACCAAUUCAAGCUACUGUUCUAUGGCAUUUUCAAAACCAAGAAGAAUGGACUAUAGAUGAUUUAAGUACAAAAAUGAAUGUACCAUCUAAGAAAUUGAUAGUUUUUAUUGGAUUUUGGAUUAAUAAAGGUUUAUUGAAAAGACAGCAAUAUGAUACAGUUAUUUUACUAAAAAAUUUACCUGGAGGCACUCCAGACUACGUUCCUGAUGAAAAUGAUGUGAGAAGUCCUCUUAACUAUGUGUUUGAUGAAAAUGUAGGAAUAACAAGAAGAAAUGAUGAUGAUUUUAUACUAUAA